CUUACGUUAAGAAUAUCUCUAAACAAUGAACGGCAUGAGCGGAUCUUCUCAGGCAGCUUCGGCACCUUCACCAUCAUCGUUCUUCCAACAUCGCCGUCGUCAUCACGGUGGCAUGAUGCACAUGACGUUCUUUUGGGGGAAAAACACGGAGGUUCUAUUCCACGGCUGGCCAGGGACCAAUUUGAAAAUGUAUUGGGCCUGCCUCGCCGCCAUUUUUGCUCUUUCCGCUGUCUCAGAGUGGCUAUCACGGUGCGGUUUAAUGAAAGCUGGUCCGGCUAGCUUUGGCGGAGGGCUAGUCCAGUCGGUGGUUUACACUGUGAGGGCUGGUUUGUCUUAUUUGGUCAUGUUGGCUGUGAUGUCGUUCAAUGGAGGAGUCUUCGUGGCUGCAAUGGCUGGUUUUGGAUUAGGGUUUAUGAUUUUUGGAAGUAGGGCUUUUAGGGACACUAGCAGUAACAGUCACACCGAGGUUCAAUCACAUUGUUGAUUUCGUUUUCUUUUACAUCAAUUAUGAUGUUUGUUGUUUUUGUUUCCCAAAUGAACUAAUAAUAUGAAAAUAAAAUG